AGAGAAGAGUUUUUGUAUAUUGUCCUAAAAAAAGUGGAAAUAUAAUUUUUUUUCUCUUUCAUAUUCUUCUUGUGUUUGUUCUCUCAUUUUUCUGGUGUUCUCAAUAUUUUUCGGUAUCUUACGCGCUUAAAAUCCCAACAAUUGGUAUCAGAGCUUGGUUGCGCUGGGCAGGAGGGAUUUGUAAGCGGUAAAAGGAGAAAUUUUGAGAACCCAGGGAUUGGUCGGUUUUGGCCAGAAGGCGACCAUGGGACUUCAAGAACAAAGUGGAUGGCAUGAGGACCGAGUACGAAGCGGCAUGUUGGCUUUGUGAAUGUAUGUGGAGUUUUCCAACAAUGGAGUCUACCAUGGACAAUGAUGUCUUUGCCUGGGACUUCUCUGAUGAGUUCCUUGGGCUCAUUGACUGGGCUGAGGAAGAUCCACUCUCUCUACUCAUCAACGACCAACCUCCAUUGAAUCCGGCGAACGAGGAGGUUUUGCCUUCUUCUAAUGGAGCUCACAGCUUCAAAAGAGGAUCUAAAAACGAUGGUGGAAACAACAAGGGAGCAAAACGAAAGUUUGCAUUCAUAACAAUGUCAGUUGUUGAAGUACUUGAUGAUGGCUACAAGUGGAGAAAGUAUGGCAAGAAGAUGGUGAAGAGCAGCCCGAAUCCGAGGAACUACUACAAGUGCUUGGUGAAUGGCUGUCCAGUGAAGAAGCGAGUUGAGCGGGAGAAAGAAGAUCCAAGAAAUGUGAUAACAACCUAUGAGGGCACCCAUAACCAUGAGGAUCCCCAGCCUUCAUCCCAACAACAGAAAAGCUUGGGGAUGCUAAGUUCUCAUCUUCGUUCCCAACAAGAAUGACAAAAAUCAUUAUGUAUAAAAAACUUACCACCUCUGCCCUGAAUCGUUAAAGCAAUGGAAUAAUGGUACUUUGCUGUA